GGACCAAAAUCUGCACAUAUUCGCGCACACAUACUCUCUCUCAAUUCCUCGGGAUUCGUCCCUUUGAUACGCCGGAGUCGCAAUUCCCCUCCAAUUCGGCUCGCAAUUUGCAAUGCAACGAUGGUCAGAAAUCCACAAAGCACGCCUCAGCCGACUCUGUCGUCAGUUUUCACCUCGCUCGCUGCCUACGGUGUUGCAAGUAAAUCGCCGAAUUGGGUUCUGUGAAUUGCGGGAUUGCAAGCGCCGUGUAGCCUGUGAAGCGAGCGCUGGGGAUUGCUGUUUCUUUCUUUGUUGUGGAGGUGAUGGUUCGGUCACUGGACCCGUGCCUCAUCCACGUCCCGCUCGCCUAGAGGAAGGCCAAUCCCUUCUCGCAAUUCGUCAAGUCCUUCAUUGGAUAGCACUUGCAAGAGAGAUCUCGGCUUUGUUUAUAAGAGAUUGUUUAUGCAGAUGAGCAUGAAUGCCUCGAAUAACGACGGUGCUUCUAGGACUGGUUACUCAAGCUCUUCACGAGGAGGGUGCUCGGGCACUACGCGUGGAGGUUAUAACAGAUUCCGGAGAAGAGGAAGAAAUGGAUCUUAUGGAGGAGAGAGGGCUCGAUUGAGCCAUGAUGAGUACCGGUACUGGCUUCAUGCUGAAAAUCCACCACCCAUUGAUCACGAAAGAUUUGUUAUAGUAUCGUACAAUAUAUUGGCCGAUCGGAAUGUAUGGAAUCACCGAAGCGAAUUAUACUGGCAUGUACCACCAUUCCUCCUUGACUGGGAUGCACGCAAAAGGAAGCUCGUGCGGGAGCUUGGACUUUGGUCUCCAGAUAUCAUAUGCUUUCAAGAAGUGGAUUAUUAUGAAGAUCUCAACGAAGAACUUCAGAAAGAGUACAUUGGUGUAUACACGGCUCGUACUGGAGAGGCACACGAUGGCUGUGCCAUCUUCUGGAGGAAAAACAGAUUUGAGUUACUCGAGGUAGAGCAUAUAAAAUUCAAAGACCACGAUCUCCGUGACAAUGUUGCUCAGCUGUGUGUUUUGCAGAGCACGAGUAAGACGCUUAAUUGCACGGAAGUCAUGGACAAGGCAGGACGAACUAUUUCUAGGUCAUGUGAUUCCAAGAAUAACCGUGUAAUUGUGGGUAACAUUCACGUGCUAUUCAAUCCUAAGCGUGGAGAUGUCAAGCUUGGUCAGGCGAGAGUACUUUUGGAGAAAGCUCACGCUAUUUGUGAAAAGUGGGGAAAUGCGCCUCUGGCUAUAGCUGGUGACUUCAAUAGUACACCGUGGAGUGCUCUGUAUGAGUUCAUAACUUCUUCACAGCUGGACCUGGCUUUUCAUGAUCGGCGCAACAUUUCAGGUCAAGAGGAGGACCAAAAUGACGGAUUCAAGAGAAAUGAAUACAACCCGUAUAAAUAUGAGGGGAAUGGGAGGACCCUUGAGUUAUCUCAAAAAGCUGCAGCACAAGGUAAAGAAGGAGCUGAAUCAGGAGAGGAUGCAGGAGCUGUAGCAGGAGGUAAAGCAGGAGAUGAGGCACUAUCUGAGCAAGUAGCUGAAACAAGAGACGAAGUAGGAACUGUAUCAGGACUCGAGGCUGAAGGUGAGGUAGGAGCUGAAUCAGGAGUUGAGGCUGAAGUUGAGGUAGGAACUGAGUCAGGAGGCGAAGUAAUAAAUCCAGGAACCAAAGAGGAGUUUAUUUUGGAGUCUGUGAGGAGCAUGGUCUCUUUGAAAAUUACAGAUAAGGAGGAAUCUGCAGUGGUUACAAUUGGAGAGUUAGAUUUGGUAACUGAAACUUCUCAACUAAAGACGACCAGAGUAACUCUGGAAACUGAAACUUCUCAACUAAAGACGACCAAAGUAACUCUGGAAAGAAACCCUAAAUCGACGAGGGUGCAGGGUUGGGAUGAAUCGGAGCUGAUGACAUCUACUGGGGAGAGGCACUUAUCUAUAGUUCGACAUAAGUUAAAUUUGCGAAGCGCGUAUUCAGAAAUCAAGGGAAAGCCUGGGAGCAGGGAUGAAAGAGGGGAACCAUUUGUAACGUCUUACCACAAAAGAUUUAAGGGUACUGUCGAUUACAUUUGGCAUACAGAUGAGCUAUGCACAGUGAGAGUUCUGGACACUCUUCCCUUUUCUGUACUCCAACGUUGUGGAGGACUUCCCUCGAAGAAAUGGGGAAGUGACCACUUGGCGUUGGCUUGCGAGUUCUCCUUUGUUCCAAGCGCGGACGUUUUGACUGCAGGACGCGAAGAGUCUGAAUCAGAAUCUGGAUAAGCCUGGACCUCUCUUUAUAAUCCUUACAAAAUGGAAACUAGAAGGGAAGACAGAUUCAGAGAGAGAUAGAGAAAGAAGAAAGCAUUCUGUAGAUUCUGUAAUUACAUCAUCGACAACAUCAAUACACUAAUAGCCACUUCAAAAACUUGGUCUAUGCCAACA